AUACCGGCAAUGAAUUCCCAGAACUUUUUUUUUUAAAAUUUAUUUAUUUUGGUCCUCUUUAUGUUACAUAGGAUUUGCUUUGAGCGUCCUGCUGCUGUUUUUACAGCGAUUCUUGUUGCCUUUUUUUAACAAACCUCUCUCUGUGGGGCGUAAAAAGGGCUGCAAAUUUUUUGUUGGAAUCAUCCGCUGAAAUGAUUUCUUUGUAGGGGAUGAGAUUCUGAUGAAUUUGAAUUCAGCCAUGGAAGAUUCCGGUGCCCGGAAGACUGAAUGUUCACCGGAAAGAUCUCUGUCGGACUCUGCCGUCGAUUUCGACCUCAUGGAUGAGAUUCUAUCAGGAGAUUGCUGGCUACAAACCCCCGAUUACUCCGAUCUCUUCCAACCAUCAGGCUCAGCUCCCUCCCCUUUCUUCCCUCUUCUUGAUAUUAGCAACCACGGCUCAAAUGCAAUCCUCGCCGAAACUGAUAACCGAGAAGAAACCCCGCCGAACUCUAGCUCUGAACAGGGCUUGAAUUUGUUGGUUCAGCCGAGGAGUCCGACUCCUCCUUUAAAGGACCGUCUGAUUCAUGCUCUGAAGUGCAUUAAGGAAUCGCAAAGGGACUGUGAUGUACUUGUUCAGAUAUGGGUCCCGAUUCGACGAGGAGGCAGGCAUUUCCUGUCAACCUCCGGUCAGCCCUUUUGGCUCGACGCAGAAAACCAAGGCCUCGAUAGUUAUCGGGAAGUGUCGACAAGCUACCGGUUUUCAGCCGAGGAGAAUUCUAACGAGGCAGUAGGGUUGCCCAGCCGAGUAUUUCUUGGGAGAGUUCCGGAGUGGACGCCAGAUGUUCGGUAUUUCAGUAGCUACGAAUAUCCGCGUGUUGAUCAUGCGCAGAGGUAUAAUGUUUGUGGGACUAUCGCGCUUCCUGUAUUCGAAAGGGACAGUAGAUCUUGCCUUGGAGUUUUGGAGGUUGUCUUGACGAGGCAGAAGAUCAAUUAUAGCUCUGAUCUUGAGAGUAUCUGCAGUGCUCUUCAGGCAGUGGACCUUAGAAGUUACGAUGUUCUCAGUGUUCCUCGAGUAAAGGUGAGUAACAAUUCUUACCAAGCUGCUUUACCAGAGAUCCAACAAGUUUUAAAAGUUGUAUGUGAGACCCACAAUCUGCCGCUAGCACAAACAUGGAUCACAUGCAUUCAACAAGACAAACAAGGUUGCCGUCAUUCCAAUGAGAACUAUAAAGAAUGCGUUUCCACUGUUGAUGUCGCUUGUUAUGUUAAUGAUCCUUCCAUGUUAAGUUUUCAUGAGGCUUGCUCAGAGCACCAUUUGUUUAGAGGUCAAGGCGUAGCUGGCAAAGCUUUCACAACAAACCAACCAUGUUUCUCUCCAGAUGUAACUUCUUUUACAAAGACUGAGUAUCCACUCUCGCACCAUGCGAAGCUGUUCAAUUUGAGAGGAACUGUAGCGAUCCGUCUUCGAAGCUUUCACACUGGAAAAGCUGACUUUGUUCUGGAGUUCUUCUUGCCUGUUAAUUGCAUCGAAAGUGAAGAACAGAGACUGAUGCUUAAUUCCUUGUCCACAACCAUUCAGCAGGUUUGCCAGAGUUUAAGAGUUGUCACUGCAAAGGAGCUGGAGGAUGAGGCUAUGUUAGAAGUUGAUGAAUCAUAUCCUUCGGAUUUUUUAUUUGAUGAAUCAUUUUCCGAAGGAGGCCAAGGAAUAGACGAGAGAAAUGUUUUUUCAUCUGGCUCUCCUUCAACUGGAAUUUCUAUAGAAGUGCCAUCUUUGAUUGUGAAUGUCACGGAGGUCCAAGAGAAGGAAGAACAUGGCUUGCUGCCUUCUUCCACACAUUUAGAAUUUAGAAAACAGGAUAUUGAGGAGCUCAAAGUCACUAAUAAUUGGAAUACAUCAGAGAGUGGAUUAUCCAAAAGCAGGAUAUUCUAUGAGUCUGAGCAGCUUCCACAAAGUACCGCUGAUGAAAAGGAUAAUGUUUGUAGUGAUAUUACAUUGCCACAAGCUCGAAAGACAACUGAAAAGAGGCGUGCGAAGACGGAAAAGACUGUCAGCUUGCAAGUUCUUCGGCAAUAUUUUGCCGGGAGCCUGAAAGAUGCUGCGAAAAGCAUUGGAGUGUGCCCUACUACUCUAAAGAGGAUAUGCAGACAGCAUGGAAUAACUCGUUGGCCUUCAAGAAAGAUCAAGAAAGUUGGACGCUCUUUAAAGAAGCUUCAAGUUGUUAUUGACUCAGUCCAGGGUGCUGAAGGGACCUUUCAGUUUAGUUCUGUAUAUGAAAAUUUCGCAAAGAUCUCUAGCCCAAAUAAGGAGUUACUUGAGAAGCAAACAGAUCAUCCAGGGUCAUCAAACACACUUCAACAACUAGAAGGAAGAUUUAGCUCCCACACUUCUGCAUCAAACUCUCUUUCUUCUGCUUCUUGCAGCCAAAGCUCCAGUUCAAGUUUGGGCUGUUCUAGUGGAUCAAAGCAACUGAUUCAUACUUCACAACCUGCCAUCAAACAUGAAGUCCCUACGGAAGAAAACAAAAUAGAAAAUAGCGAGGUAGAGUUGUGGUCCUCUAGUCGGGAGCCACCAAGACCUCUGGUUCGAUCACAAAGUCACCAUGCCUUUGUUCACCAUCCUACUUUAGAGAAUUCGUCUCUACUGACAAAAAGAUCACAAAGUCACAGGGCCCUUGCUGAGCAUCCAUCUUUAGAAAAUCCAUCUCAAUUGCAAAAGAGAUCGGAAGUGUACAAAAUUAAGGCUAUAUAUCGUGAAGAAAAAGUCCGAUUCAGGCUUCAGCCUGACUGGGGCUUCCGAGAACUAAAGCAAGAGACAGUAAAACGGUUUCACAUAACUGAUGUAAAUUCUGUGGAUAUCAAGUACUUGGACGAUGAUUCUGAGUGGGUCCUAUUGACAUGUGAUGCAGAUCUUCAGGAGUGUAUAGAUGUGUAUAAAUCAUCUAAUUCUGGUGUUAUCAAAAUGUCUGUACACCAUGUAGCUUCUGCAGUUGUGACAGUCAAUCUUUGCUAAGUUGGGUGCUUCGGCCGGUAACUUGACGUGCUCCUUGCAUAAGGGCACUGUUGACUGUGGAUUUUUACUGUAUCAUAUAUACUAACAGUAGAUGUUCGUAAGAUAGUGAAGGAUGCAUCGAUGAUGGUAAGACUACUCUCAGAGUGGUCGGAGUAUUGUUUAAAUACUUUUAGUGCUCCUAAGGAUUAUGAGGUACCUUCCACAUACUCUGGUUAACUGUUUCAGGACAACCCUCUCACAUGACAAGCAAGAAAUAUUUACAUUACUUCUCUUAGUGUAUUUUCGUGGAUAAUGUUCAUCAGUGUUUACAGCGGAAAUCUGAAAAGUAUUUAACAAGCUACAAAUGUAGAGUAGAGGUUGUAUAGUAGGACGCGAUUUGUACAGUUAACUUUGUCCAACUUCCUCAAGCUGUUUCAUUCUUUUCGUGUCCCGUUUGUUUCAUUUCGUGAUCUGGUGGAGUACGAAGAAUAUCAUUGUACUGUCAUGAGCUAACUGUUCAGGUUAC